CGCCCGUGGGGGUCCCGAGCGGCCUCGGCGCGGGGCCCGCGGAGGCGGCAGCGGCUCGCUCGGACGCGCCGCCGCACGUGACGUGCAGCCAGACAGGCGGGCAUGUCGAACACGCUCUGCGUCUCCGACGCCGUCGGCGAGUGGGCGGUCGUGGGGGCGAAGCUCGUGCAGGAGCUGUCGGAGUUCGGAGAGGCCGCCCGCCUCGACGCCGUCGGCGGCACGCUCGGGACCGUACUGGCGACGUACUUCCACGCGCGGUGCGCCCAGAGCGUGCUGCUGCACAUGGCGCCCCGCGCUGAACCUUUCCAGUCGGCGCCACAGGACUGCCGCAUCGUCUUGGCCGACCUGCCGGGCUUCCUCGCGAAGAGAGGCUGCGCGGCAAGACUCCAAGACCUCUUGGGCAGGGGGGGCCCACACCCACAGGCACGAGGCGCUGGCGGGCGUCGAGCUCUGCGGCCUUCGCUCCGCGCACGCGCCCUUGGCGGCGGCGGGUGGCUGCGCCACCCCGGCGCCCCGCAGCGCUCCUGUGCCAGCCGCGAUGCAGACGCCCCGACUGUAGCUGUCGUUACUUUGGGGCUCCUGAGGCCAGAGUAUGGGGGACGUAUCAGGCGGGAGCCUCGUCUGGGGGCCCGCGCUUCAUGUUUUUCCCCGUAUCCUAAGAUGGGGUUCUUGCUAUUGCUCGGACGCUGCCGACUCC